AUGAUCCGGGUCGACCCGUCUAUGGAAUUAGCAGAAACCGUCUCGUGGCACGUGUCGUUGCUAUUGGCUCUAAUGCUCCUUUUGAGCUUUUGUGAGUCGAGCGAGUUGGGCGGGGAGCUCCCGGAGAAUGUGUUUUCGGGCGAGAGACCGUGUGAUGAAAUCUAUGUUGUAAGGGAAGGCGAGACCCUACACACGAUAAGCGAAAAGUGUGGUGACCCGUUUAUCGUCGAGGAAAACCCGCAUAUCCACGACCCGGAUGACGUGUUCCCGGGUUUGGUUAUCAAGAUCACACCUUUUAUUAUGAGCUCAACCCUCCACCACAGCGGCCACCGCCUCCGCCGCCACCACCACGGUGGCCGGGAAAAGCACGAGUCGUCGGAGGACCAUCCUUUCAGACCCACAAAGCUGUUCGUGUUCGGGGACUCGUACGCCGACACAGGGAACAUUAGAAAAUCCUUUGGAGGCGCGUGGGUUGAGCCGUACGGCUACACUUUCCCCGGCAAGCCCGCCGGCCGGUUUUCCGACGGCCGCGUCCUCACCGAUUACGUCGCCAAGUUCUUGGGAAUCAAGACUCCAUUAGCCUAUGAAUGGAUGAAAUUCGGAGGGAAUAAACUGCGCCACGGGUUGAACUUCGCUUAUGGAGGAAGUGGCGUUUUCGACACUUUAGGUGAUAUUUUGCCGAACAUGACCACUCAAAUCGACUUCUUGGAGAAGCUAAUGCAUCGAUCUCUAUACACCAAAUCCGACCUGCAGUCGUCUGUGGUUCUUGUUUGCCUUGCGGGUAACGAUUAUGGCGCCUAUAUGUUUAGAGAAGGCACGGAUCAGGGCCUGCAAAAUUACAUCCCACUUGUGAUCAAUCAACUGGCCAUCAACCUGAAGCAGAUUCAUGGGCUUGGGCCAACCAAAAUUGCGGUGACGGCCCUGCAGCCAUUGGGCUGCCUUCCCCGCACGACGGAGACGUCGUCGUUUCAGCAGUGCAACGCCACCCAGAACUUGUUAGUGGGCUACCACAACUCUCUUUUGCAGCGGGCCGUGGCCCAGUUAAACAACGAGACCAAAAGCCAAACCUUUUUCAUCAUCGACAUCUACAGCUCCUUCACAACUGUGCUCCGGCAGAAAGGAGAUUAUCAAGGGGACUUAAAAUUCGAGACACCAUUGAAGCCCUGUUGCAUGGGCAUCAACAAUACAUACUCAUGUGGCAGUGUAGAUGAGAACCGUACCAAAAUGUACACUGUUUGCAGCGACCCGAAAUCGUCGUUUUUCUGGGACUCGUCUCACCCGACCGAAGCCGGGUGGCGUGCUGUCUACACUUCGUUAAAGUCGGAGCUCGAGCAGUUAUUUGAAAAAUAA